AUGGAAUCAUGGGCCGACCAUUUCCCUCAGCUCGAGGUCCGAUCGCACUUCAACUUAACUCUCAACACGUCAGCUGUUCGCCAAGUUCCCUGGACGCAAUCAAACACGACGAGAACUCUCAUCGCGAGUCUACAGCUUCAACAGGUACAAACGCUUCGGACGACACAUCUUACCCUUGGAGCUUUCAGCCUUGCCUUGACCUUGUUGACGGUUCAUCGGAUCGUGUCGGAUGCGCGACGAGCUGCAGCUCUUCAGGUUCUCCCAAGAAAGAAGAGAUUCAAUGCUCUUCACAAUGUCCACCCUGCCGAAACCUUUCCGCUUGCGUUGGCCUGCGGUGCCGUUCUACAACAAAUUAUCUUCGUAUCAGUGCAGGGCACUACACUUCAUAGCGUGUUCUCUAGAAGUUGCCGCGGACUUGCGAUGGUCACAUUUCCUGCUAUCUUUCUGAUCGGAUUCAUUACCUUGGUCUUCGGUAUCGAGGUAGCAGUCAGGGCCUACAAACAAGACCGAUUCGCCCCACGCGGCAAGUGGAACACGAUAAUCUGUAUCGCCGUUGUAUCGUUCAUGCUUCUUCUCUCCUGGAUGCCGACUGUUGCCUGGCCGUCUCCGAACACUUGCUUUGGCGGGCUUAUCUGGUUCCCCAUGCGGUACGAUCUUCUGAUGCUGAUCUUCCUUUCAAUUCUUGUUUUUCUGCUGCUCAUGGUAGCCGCUAUGAUCAGUAUUCAGCUGAUGAGAACGCCUGACCUGGACCAUAAUGAGCGAAUCUCAGCUUCACGUAUGACUUACUUCUUGAUCGUUACCGCACUAAUCUACACUCUCGUCAUCCCUGUGGAAGUACAAUCUCUUCGUCGAGAAUUCAUGGAAGCAUUAGCCGCUUCUCGAGUCGCUGAAAUCUCGCUGUUCUCGUCAGGAAUGGUCAUCACGUUCUUCCACCUCUUUCUCCGUACGAAUGCGACACGAAUGGUCAUUCGUCCCAUCGAAGAACUCAAGGCGCCCGCGAAACAACAACGACCGAAGAUCCGUUUCUUCGGUCCUAGCGAUUUGGAGAUGCAGAUCAGUGGCCCGAUGGCAUUGCAGACAACUCAGCGUUUACACAGUCAACAGGGUCUGAUCGAUGUUGGGCCAGAAAAGAACCGUGGUGACUUUGAUCCCCAGUACUUUGAACGACCAGAGCGGGCUUUGACACCGGCAUCGACCAAACCUGGAAGCCCUAUCGAUCCUACAAAGUGGCCUCUUCCACCUGCUCUCGACUACGAAACUACGAAACACGAGCGCAAGCAAAGCCAAAGCUAUUCCUUGUUUCCCACACGCGCUGAGGAGGUACCUCGUCUUCCACCAACCGUUUACGAUCCAAAGGCUACGUCAGACGGUUCCUCUGUUUCCAAGCUUGCCCUGCGACGAUUUACUCGACGCGGCUCGGUCACGAAUGUCGGCGACGCUUGGGACUUUUUGAGCAAGCCCAAACUACCGUUUGCAGAACGGCACCAACGCAUGCAAAGUACCGAUAGCAGUGCAACCGUCCAAAUUGGUCUCCGCUUCUCAGUUGCGCCUGCCACGCUUGCAGCAGCUAAGUGCACACGGCUUGAACGAGAUACCCCUCCGUUGAAGCGAGGUGCUACCGACAGCAGUGAUGCUUCGUUGGCUCUUCCGAUCCAGAAGCCUUCUACGACCAGCACAUCGCCAUCGCAGGAGAUGCUUAGCUCCAGCGUAUUCUCCCCUCCUCCCCCGCGUGGUGAGUCGCCAACACGACCCAGAGCGAACAGCCCAGCGCGGACUCCACCUUUCCCCAUCACACCGGCAGGUCAAUCCAGCGCUUACCUCCAGGCCCAACGCGAGAAGGUGCUACCCUCCCCACCCCCGAAGUCGCCAGCCUCCCCUCAACCCUCUGCUACUCCGGCAAAGCCUGCUGUCCCCGAACCUGCCUGCAUCAGCGGACUGCGCAUGAACCCUGUGACACUCGUUACAGCAGUUGGUUCACCUACAACAUCAUCGCAGCCAGGCACACCUGCGUCAGUCAACAACCUCACGCGAACGAACAGUGGCCAUGCCGCUCCGUCACCUACAGCCCGUAUUCCACUUGGCGCGGGCACGAUGCAACGGACGCCACGCAACGGCUGGAUCUAA